AUGGCAGGUCUUGCAACAACCGUCUUCCUCACAGUGCUUCUAUUUCUAAAUGUAUAUCUAUUCCUUUCAAUAUAUUUAGCCGAUAGACAAUUCCUGAGUUAUCAUAGAGAUCUCCUUAACCGUCAUUUCCCGUCAGAACGCAUGAUAGACGUUUAUCAGAAACAGGCAUUACAAAGAAAAAUAGUAUUACGUAGACUUAUCUCGCAGAGAACGGGGAGUCAUGCGGAUUUCUACAAUACUCUCGUUCCUGAGGUCUUCUGCUAUGAGCUUCUGCGCAUAGGAUCUUCUACACAUGGAGGUAAAUGGAUUUGUAAUCCUUACAAUAUCCCUGAUAACUGUACGAUCUUGUCGGUGGGACUCAAAAAUGAAGUUUCCUUUGAUAUGGAUAUACAGUUGCUUACGAGCUCCCGAUGCGAGAUCGUAGCUGUUGAUAAGUAUAACCAGAGUGAUGAGACAAAGAAUAAGUUGGCAGCUAUGAAUGGCCGUCUUGUCAGAGCCAAAUUAGGAACUAAAAAAGGCGACAACACCUUGGAAAGACUGGUUGUGGAUGAGGAAAUAGAAAACUUGGAAAUCGCAAAAAUAGAUGUGGAGAGAGGAGACUUUGAUAACAUCAUUCCUUUCCUCGAUUCGCACAUGCCAGCUCAGAUUCUUGUACAAAUUCAUAACAGAAAUGGUUCACCUGGCAAAAUUAAGCUCCUACAUGACAUAUCCAAGAGAGGAUAUUGGCUUGUCGCACAUGAGAUCAGUGGAACACAAUUGAAUCUAUGUGAUUUCACUUUCAUUCACGAAAGCGCUUUUGAGAAGUAUCAAGUAGAACCACUUGCUCAAUAUUUAGAUUUAUAA